AUGGCGACACUAGAGGAGUUGCGAAAGACCGUCGAAGAACUGCUCGCACGCAACACGAGGCUAGAGAGUGAGCUACAGGCACGGACUACACGCGCGGACGCCGUCGCUAACUUGGCCGACAGGGUGCACGACGCGCUGACAACGGCGCCUAGCACCGCGGCUGCGGCAGCUUACGACUCCGUCCCCCCACCUCCGUGGCGGCCAGCGCCUCCCGCACCCGCAUCGGAUGCCGACCUGCACCAGCUAGUGCAAAACUUGACGGCACAGGUGGCAGCUCUCUCGACGCAAGUCGACCGGUUGGCGCGCUCGCAGCAAGAGGGCAGCACGCGCCGCAGCGGCAGCAGACCGGGCGACAGGCGGCGUGGCUCGCGCAACCGGCAACGCAGCAACAGCCGCUUCAACGAUGCAAGUCUCCCACGCGACGCCGUGGCACCCACUCUGGCGGAACGUCUGCGCAGUCACAUGGCCGGCCUCCGAGCGCACGCACCGACGCGGCACGGCACCGGGAAGAUAUUCGUCCACGCCGACCUGCAGCGCUGCACGCACGUCAUGUUGCGUACCGACGCAGUACGGCCACCUCUCCGACCGCCCUACAGUGGACCGCACCGCGUGAUCGCCCGAGGAGACAAAACGCUGGUCCUCGAGUGCAACGGAAAGCCGUCGACAGUGUCAGUCGACCGCGUCAAACCAGCCUACGUCUUGCCCGCUCCAUCAGCCACGCAUUUUUUCGACCCGGCAGAAGAUCUGUUCACGGACGACACUCCCUCUGCCAGCGGUCAGACGGAACCCGCACCCGGAGCCGCCGGUGACGCACAGCUGCAGCCUGCUGUCAUCGCGCUGCCACGUGCGCCUCCCUCCACCAUGCCCAGGCAGCUGGUACGGCCGCCCGGACCGCGCCCACCACAGGCGCACCGGUCGCCCCCACCACAGCCGCCAGCGGACUACGUCACGCGCGCCGGCCGCCGCGUCCGAUUCAAACGGCCGUGCUGCGUCGCCAGCGCGCCACUACACCCAAACCGGCAAUCACGCGUCCGAGCCGCCGAACGCCGUCAGAAUUCGGCGCCCACGAGCCGCCGUCCGCUGUAG